GGCGGUUGGUUGGUAACCGUUGGCCGGCCAGCCCGCCAUCUCGCCCACAUCGCCCGCAGCGCGCCAUGACGAAGGACAGUCCCUCGUUGGGCGCCGGGUCGGGAGGCGCCGGGGGGCCGCCUCCCCCGGCCCCUCCGCCCGCGCCGGUGCGCCUCUCCCCGCGCCGGGGGCCCCCCUUGCUGCCGCCGCCGCCGCCACCGACAGCCUCCCCGCAGCAGCACGAGGAGCAGCGGCGGGAGGUGGAGCUGCUGCGCGCCGAGCUGGAAGCGGAGCGGCUGCGCUCGCAGGAGGCGCGGCGGCGGGGGGCGCUGGAGGCGCGCGAGCUGCGCGAGGCGGCGGAGCGCGAGCGGCAGCUGCUGGCCGACCAGCUCCGCUCCAAGUGGGAGCAGCAGCGCGCCCGCGAGCUCCACCAGCUGCGCGAGGCCGGGCGGCGGCAGCGCGAGGCCGAGAUCCGGCAGCUGCUGCGCUGGAAGGAGGCCGAGCUGCGCGAGGCGCAGGAGCUGCUGCAGCGCGAGCGCGACGCCGCCAUGCGCCAGGCGCGGGACCUCCAGCGCCAGCUGGCCGAGGAGCUGGUGGGCCGCGGCUACGGAGGAGGAGGAGGAGGAGGAGGCGGCCGAGGAAGCGGCGGCGGCGGCGCGGGCCUGAGCGGCGAGUGCCGCGCCAAGCUGCAGGAGGUGCUGGGCAAGCUGCGCUGGGAGGUGGACGGCGAGCAGGCCGCGCGCAUCCGCCACCUCAAGGCCGAGCUGGAGCUGGAGCGCAGCCUCUUCCUCAAGUACAUCCUGGAGCGCUUCGAGGGCGAGCCGGCGCCGGCCGGCUUCCCGCACAGGCUGCGGCAGCAGGCGGCCUCCCAGCAGCAGCACCCGCCGCCGCCGCCGCCGCCCAAAGCGGGCAAGGCGGCCUCCAGACCCCGCUCCUUGGAGAGCCUCCUGGAGGCGGCCUGCAGCAGCGCGCCCGAGGCCGCCUCCAAAUCCCGCUCGCUGGACAGCAACCUGAGCCGAGGCGAGGCUGGCCAGCAGCCACCUCCGCAGCCGCAGCGACCCCUGCUGGAAGAAGGAGGCCCCGCGGCCAGCGCCUGCCCACCCCCGCCGGCCCUGGAGAAAGAGGAAGGGGCCAAACCCGAGGAGUCCCUGGACUCGCCCCCUGAAGGGAAAGUGAGCCGCUGGCGCCCCGCCGGAGGAGGGUCGCCUCCAGCCAGCCUGCCCCAGCAGCAGCAGCAGCAGCAGCAGGCGGCGGACUGGCUCUCGGGCAGCCGCUACAACCAGCUGGUGAAGCAGAACGGGGACCUGCUGAGCGCCCUGGUGGGCCUGGAGCAGCGGUUCACCCGCCUCAAGGAAGAGAACGCCCUGCUGAGGAGAAACAACUUCCCGGAGAUGCACGACAAAGUCAAGCGGCUGAAGAGGAAGAACGAGGAACUGGCCGGCAUCGCCAAGCGGCUGGAGGAAGGGGCCAAGAAACUCCAGGAGUCCAGCCUCAAGGUUGGCGGCGGCCCCGUGCCCUUAGGCCUCGAUGGCCCCGACCUUGACUUGUGCAAGAGCACCUUUGCCCGGCAGCGGGCCAGAGACCUGAGUGAACGGGCCAGUGUCCUGCUGGCCAAAGACCAGCAGCUGGAGGCUUUGCAAAGAGAGUGCUGGGAGCUUCAGGCCCGAUUGUCUGCAGGGAAGGAGGACACCUAUCUGCUCAGCAUCAGCGAUUUCGACCGCUUGCUGCGGGAGUCUCAGAGAGAGGUGCUGCGGCUACAGCGGCAGAUCACCCUUAAGAAUCUGAGGGAGUCCCUGCAGUCCUCCAGAAUGGGCUCCAACGAUGCUUCUCCCUCGGUGAACAAGCAGGAAAUGCCACCAGCCGUAGACGUGUGCUUAGACGACUCGUCUGUGGCAAAAGAGAAACCGGAACCAUUGGACGCGUUGGCAAAAGAUGUCCAAUCGGAAGCACUGCCCCUAGAAAGUGUGGUUAAGAACUGUGAAAACAGCAGUGCUAUAAAGACAGGUGCAGACAGUAAACACCAGCUGGAAGUCCUGAAGACAAAGUUUGCUGAGCAACUCAAUCGUGAAGUGCUGGAGAAGCAGAAAAGAUGCGACGAUCUGGAACAGCAGCUUCGUGAGGUCUUGAGCGAAAAUGUCAGGAUAGCGGCGGCAAACUCUCAGCUCCAUCAGAAAAACGAGCGGGCAGAAAAGUUAGAGAACGAAAACGCCAAGAUGAAGGCGAAACUGACGCAGGCCGCGGAUGACUGGAAUGCUAGUCUUCAGUUGCGUAAGGCAUUUGAAAUCAGAGUGGCGAAUUUAGAACAAGUAAUUAAAGACAUGAAAGAGACAGCAGAAAGACAGCAACAGUUGGAACAGGAGAAAACCUCGUUAGUGCUGCAAAAUAAAGAGAAGGAAAUACAACACCUGAAGCAAGUACAGACAGAAAUAAAGAGAGAACACGAAGAAGCUGUACAGCUGCUUGAAGCUCAGGUGAAAGAGCUAGAAGAUCAGUAUCACAGUCAGACCGAACACUUUAAUCUUCUUUCUCAAGAACUUGAGCGACAACAGAGGAGAUCGGGAUGCCUGGAGUCAGAAUUAUCUCAUGGAAAGUGCAAUCCCACAGCAAUGAACUCUCCAGAAACAUUGGAACAAGAUACCUGCCAUACUCUCCAUUGCAAUUCAGAUGCCCACGAUCAAGAUUCUGAAUCCACUGCUGACAUGCUCAAAACAGGGAAAGACUUAUCUCAAUCAAACUCGUCUGGUUCUGAAUCCAUGCAAAACAGCUCUAAAUCUUGCCUUAAUCCAGAAGAAGACACAGCAGGUGAAAUGGAAGAGCUGGAGGCCGAUAAAGGCUUUCUAAACCUACCACCAGGAAAUCAAGGCGCUUCUAAACUUUCUGUCUUUUUGGCACGGUACAGUUACGAUCCGUUCGACGGCCCUAAUAAAAAUCCUGAAGCAGAACUUCCACUCACUGCUGGAGAAUAUGUUUACGUCUUUGGAGAAAUGGAUGAAGAAGGCUUCUAUGAAGGAGAGCUGAUGGACGGCAGAAGGGGCAUAGUACCCUCAAAUUUGGUAGAAGAAGUUUCAGGGAACGAUCUAAUAAGUUUCGCGCCUUCAGAGCCAAGCGACCUUUCGUACAACUCGUGCCACGAAAUGGGUUUCCCCGGCCAGAGUGCUAGUAGUGGAGAAAAAAGCAACAGCCCCGAUGAAAAUGCGUGCAGUCUGCCAUCUAACCAAUUAGAAGACGGUCCAUUCGACAGCCCAGCCGUCGUGCCAUAUCCCCAGAAUCUGACUCUUCUCCAGCAGUUUGCUAGAUCGGUUGUUAUAAGCUGGGAGCCUCCAGAUGUACCACAUGGCUGGGGGAAUGUGCAUGGCUAUAACAUCUACGUCAACACUGGCUUGUGUCAAAACGUGAAGCAUAGCAGCCCUAUGAAAGCCGUGGUUGAGAACCUGGAUUUAGCAUUGCAGACGUACAGGAUAUCCGUUCAGAGUGUGACGGACAGAGGGAACUCUGAUCACAUGCAAUGUACGUUCGUGGUAGGCAAUGAUUCCCAGGUGGCACCGACGUGCCUCAAGCUGCAAAAAAUCACUGCCACGUCAGCAGAAAUCUGCUGGUUGCCCAGCAACAGUAAUUAUACUCACGCCGUGUACCUUAAUGAGAAGGAAUAUGAUGUGACCAAGACAGGGGUCUAUUUGUACACUUUCCAAAACCUCAGACCCAGCACUCAGUACAGUGCAAGAGUAGAAACUCUUGCUUUUAAGGAGGUCUUGGUGUUUCCUCAAGGGAAUUCAAAAUCAGCAGCGAUUACGUUUGUUACUCCAUCGGUCAGGCCACCCGAUGCUCCCCUUGAUGUCCAAGUUCAGCCCGGUUCCUCAGCAGGCUUCCUGGUUAUCAGCUGGUUACCAGUAACAAUUGAUGCGGCAGGAACAUCCAACGGGGUAAAAGUCACUGGUUAUGCUGUCUAUAUCAGUGGAGAGAAAGUAACAGAAGUUGCAUCCCCAACUGCUGGCACCGUAUCCUUAGACGUGUCUCAGCUUCAUCCCUUCCAAGGAUCUCAGAAGGUUUCUGUAAGAACAGUUUCCCCUUUUGGGGAGUCUGAGGAUUCUGUGCCAACGUUAAUUCCAUCCACCUUAUUGAGAGCUCCCUGUUUAUCCAAGUCUGUUGACUCCAGCCACACGCCUGAGUGGACUUUCCAAGAAUUCUUCGAGUCUGAAGGUGGGUGCAUCCUUGCCACAGCCUGUACUUCUUCACCCAGUGUCUCCCACGGGUGCACGGCCAACACCCAUAACAAUUUCACCAUUCACUUUACCUCUAACUGUAAAGACUCAGUAGUUUCUGUGCCAGUGAACAAUUCCCCAAAUCCUAUGCCCUGUUUCAACUUGACAAGUUCUCAAAGUGCAAGCAAUAAAGACGAGGGUAAUGCCGUUCUGCAAACAUCUGCUGGGAAGCAAACUUCAGAGCAUUCUUUUCCCGCAUCAAGAUGUGACGGACCAGUGAGGUUCGCACCAGCAGCAUUACAAAUAUUUGCUGCAGAGACCAAACCAGAAAGUUCAGAAGAGCAUCCUUCGACUCAAAGCCAGCCGGACAAAAGCAAGAUUGAGGUAUAUACAAUGACCCAAUGUACCGAUACGACGGCAAAAGAUUUGUCUUUUCCAAGUUAUGUCGAAAACAGUGGUGCAAACGGCUCGAAUACAGAGCCCGGUUUUUCUCCUAUGGGGUUUGAAGCAAGGGACAGCAUCUGCAGGGAUGUGGGGAUGCAGGACACUUGUCUCCAGGAAGAACCAGGUAGCUUUUCUGAGAAGAGGCAUGCAAAGCAGAUUCAACAGUUAUGCAGAGAACUUUCUAACCUGAGCGUGUCUAAAAGCGAAACAAAGGAAGAGGACCUUUCAAGAACAGAAAGUUGCAAGACUGCUCUUGGAGAUCACAGCCAUAAUUCUGAUCUCUCAGACAUCGAGGAAGAGGAGGAAGAGGACCAACAGUACAGAAUGGCAGUUUCUGGCCACAAAGACUCCAGGCCACGAAAACGGCCCAUAUCCCCUGCAGAACUGGCAAAAGAUAAAAUUAUAACCAAGACUUUGAGAGUUGAUCAGACGACGACGCCUUCCGUGCCUAACUCAAGCCCUCAGAAAACCUGUGUUUUGGGAGAUACAGUUGACCCGACAAGGUUAUUUGUAGCCCUUUUUGACUAUGACCCUCUCACGAUGUCACCCAACUCUAAUGGCGCUGAGGAUGAGCUACUCUUUAAAGAGGGACAGAUCCUCAAGGUGAUUGGCGACAAAGAUGCUGAUGGUUUUUACAGAGGUGAAUGUGAAGGAAGGAGAGGGUAUAUUCCCUGCAAUAUGGUGUCUGAAAUGCACUUUGAGAGUCAGGGAGUGAAAGAACAUCUAUUAAAGAAAGAUUACAUUAAGGAUGAAAGCUUAUGAAGAGUCUAGGCUGUCUCUGCUGGGUCGGGGAGACCGCGGCUGUUGCCAUUGGAUCGAAGCCAUAUUAAAAAGAUAGGUUUGGAAGCGACCGUUUGGAUAGAUGCUUCUAUUAUUUGUACCAAAGCAACUUAUUUAUUACAACGUUUGAGAAGUUCAUAUCUCAUCUCAUGAUCUAUUAAUUCCACUGCAUUUUGUUUUAAUAAACAAAAGCCAUUUUUGAACAAUG